GAGUGAAUUGAGAAAGUCCUCGGGAGAUUUCAGAAGCAGCUGCUGCUCUUCUUCUUCUUCUUCUUCGCAGUGCGCAGCGCUUGCUCUGCUCUCUCCGAAGCUCUGAUCGAACAAGUUGAAAGAAAGUCAUGGACCCUGCUGAACGUAGGUACUUGGAGGAUGAGAACACUCCUACGAUGAAAGUAAUCAAGGGCGCGACCACGGGUUUGGCUGCCGGAACGAUUUGGGGGACCAUCGUCGCUACUUGGCACGACGUGCCUCGUGUCGAGAGAAAUGUCGCCCUUCCCGGGCUAUUGAGGACGUUAAGGAUGAUGGGUAAUUAUGGAAUGACAUUUGCUGCUAUUGGUGGAGUUUACAUCGGGGUAGAGCAGGUGUUGGAGCAUCAGAGGAUGAAAAGGGACUUUAUCAAUGGAGCUGUCGGCGGUUUCGUUGCUGGGGCUACUAUCCUUGGUUAUAAAGGAAAGACCAUUUCCUCGGCCAUUUCUGCUGGAGCCGCUUUGGCAGUCACAUCUGCCGUUCUAGACAUUGGUGGCCAGACCACAAGAAAAGAUACUGGCAAGGAGUACUACCCGUACACUACCAAGAAGAAAUCGACUGUUGAUUCAUGACUUUGUUGAUUGAUUCUGCCGUUGGAGAGGAGACUAUAGCUGGUCGGUGAAAUUUACUUGAUCACAUCUUUGCUUUGAGAGAUGUAAAGUCAUACUCUUAAGCCAUCUUUUUGUGUCGCCAAGCCUGUAUGAAUGCUUUCAAUAAAUAUGCUCUUUUCUCCCGAGAGUUGUUUGACCUUGUUAAGUUUGAGACAUUUGGCGCAGCUUCUAUGCCCCCUUUGGAUCUAAUAGUGUCAUAUUUCAGCAUUUUAUUGAAAAUUUCAUUCUAGAAA